UCAGAAUCACUGAUCUAGUUUUAACAAAGAGAAACCUCAUUCUUACAAUCAUUAACGAAACGUGUUUUCAGUAGCCGUUUAGCGCGUUUUUGCAGGGAAAAAACUGCUAGAAAGUUUCAACCGCAAAUAGAGGUAUUAUACCCGUUAGAAAUAUUUCAAAGUGUCAUAUGAAAGAUAAAAAUGCCAGCUAAAAAAUGUUUUCGGGUUGUACAGCAACGUUCCUGCAUCGGAAUGCCAAGUAAAUUAAGGGCUAUUGCGCGGUCCCUGGGACUUGGAAAAGUCCAUUCAGUCAGUUAUCCCAAUAUAAACCCGGGAGUUGCAGGCAAAAUUCUUCGCAUCAAGGAACUUGUGAGCGUUACCACUGUAGAAAAACCGGUGUCACGAGCACAGGAACACUCAUUACGCUCGCCCACUCCGGGAUUCACGGUAAUAUCCAGUUUCAAGGAUUCAUUGCAAAAGCGCAUCUAACCAAGCUUGGUCCUUUUCAAGAACUUUCUUACUUUUUAUGGGUGCAAACUGAUUGCUUUUAGAUGAUCCCCCAUCUUUAUUUAUUUGCUUCUCUAGUGCGUCUGAUUGUCCAUCCAGCUCUUCAAGAAAUGAAUCAAAAUCCUGACCCUUGGAAAGAGUUGCAACAGAAGAUCGCUCUCUUUCCACGUUGUAACGUUUUUUAAUCGAAUCUAUCGUUUUUUCAUAUUCAACAGUCUCUAACAGUUCCGAGACGCUGUCACGUUGAAUUGUCUGCAAAUGCUUCUUCCGUUGCUUCUUAAAAAUGCCUUCUGUAGGCUUGAAAUUUAACUUUGAGUAAUCAAUUUCCUCUUCUGGUUCUUGAACGUCCAACGCAUCGCCAAUUGCUGCACCUAUAGAGUUUUCUGCAGGUUCGUCAGAGCCAAAAAACUCAGGAGCGUUUUCAAACCGCCAUUCAUUUGAUUCGAGCUCUGGCUGUUGAGGUUUUGGCUUAUAAGUAGGUAUAUUAUGCUUCUUUUUAUAAGCCAAUGUAGCCUUUUUCUUCCAUUUGUCCUGGUGAACAACCAU